AUGAGUAAAACUCCAACACCUGAUCCGGAAACACCAUCUGUCGCAAAAGAUGACGCAUAUGAGAAGUGCAGGAAAUGGGUGGCCAAUAAGUUCACCAUGGAUUUGAAAGAGUGGUUGGAUAAAGUGGACCAAUUGGAUCCAUCUAUAGUCCAAGCAAUCAAUUCAAUGAAGGCUGCACUUGACAAGAUUGCAGCCAGAUAUCCUGGGAUUGAAACAGUGUUUGAAGAUACUGAUAAUUUCAACUCAUAUGAGACUAAGAUAGCUGGCUUCAACAUGACAGAUCCGGCCAACUAUGCAUAUUAUAUAUGGCAUUAUUUGCAGAAUUAUGAGGAUAUUGCAUUAUCUAAACACCUUGAAAUGAGAUUGGCACAAGCUGUGGCAAUCGAACAAAAUUCGAAAAACGCUUUCCAAUAUGAGAAACGGAGAGACGAAUUCCAGGCAUUGCGUCGGAUUGACGAUAUGGUUGAUUUUGUGUGGUUGUCUGGUAAUAAUGAGAUUCUGGGUAAUCAAGCAGUCAUAUUUCAUUACUGUUCCUUGAGUAACACGCCUAAAAGUUGUGCAAAAUUCUUUCAGGAGUGGUACAAGGAAUGGACGAAAGAUAAGUCCAAAUUUCAUCCUAAAACAUAUAGUGAGAUAUUACAUGGUGCGACCAGUAGGUCGGAUUACGAUCGGCACCACGAGCAUGAUAGCACCGAAACGCUCUACCAAAUUGGUAGGCAAAUAAUGCAAAAAUUAUCUCAGCAGUUUAGGAAAACAACUAACGGACAUAAAAAGAGAAAUACUUUUGAGAUUAACAAGAGGAAAACUCAAGACUACAAACCCAAAACAUCAGAUAAAGACAAGGUCAGUAAACCGAAAGAUGAAAAUAAGUAUAAUUUUGUGAAGGUGAAUAAUUCAUUUGCAAUUUAUGAAAUAACCAGGUAUAAUAAGAAAGGUGAAAGAAUUGAUAGGUCGGUGGUGUAUGAUUCAGGUGCUUCCCAUUCGGUGGUAAAAUAUAAGGAAUUAUUGAUGAAAUAUGCUAAAGACAAAAAGACCAAGUUUAUGGUUGCAAAUUCUGGGACAAUUGAUUCGAAGGGUUCUGGAAAAUUGCCAAUUAGAACGGAUCAAGAUAUUAUUCCUGUAGAUAACGUCCACCAUAUACCAAAGGCACCGCUGAAUCUUAUAUCAGUAGCACAAAUAACUAAGAAAGGAUUUUUAUGCCUAUCUGAUAACAAGCACGUGUAUUUAAUUAACCCAGAUGAUAUGAGAAUUAUAGUAGUAGGAAGUCUUAUACAACCUCGAAAUCUAUAUGUAGGCUCGAUUGAUAGUCUCAAUGAGAGCGAAAAUUUAUAUAAAAUUAUAUCACUGUAA